AUGGCAUACCGAGGUGCCCAUCUCGUUGCAAGCUUGGCCUCGCUACUCGUCUCUGUAGGCGCAGAGCCUUUGAUACAAAUUCCACCGCACAUACAGAACUUAGAGCUGAGCACGCCCAAGCCAGUGACAGCUGCCCAGAUGCAGGAGUUCAAGCAAGACUUUGUUGAUGUGGACUUCAACAAGGAUGACCAAAUGGACGCCCAGGAGGUUCGCGCGCACUUCAAGGGCGGCAUUUCGGAUGUGGAGCUUUACCAGUUCUUCCUGGACUCUGACAAGGAUCAGUCAGGCGACGUCUCUCUCCAAGAGUACGUAGACUACGCUGCAAUGCUCAACUGA